UUUUUAAAAUCCCACAGAGCACUGUAAAUUAAGAAAUUACGCCUUGUUCCGCACAUUUUCAAACAAAGGAAUGAAAAGAUCUAAUUCUAAAGAAAACAACACGAAUACGAUUUCCACAAAGAAAGCGCGAUUCAACGAUAACAACAAUAAGCAAAAGUUAUCCGAAAAGAUAUAUGGCAAUUACAACGCAUAUUACACAUCUCGACGUGUUCCCAAGUCAAAAUGCUACAUUGAUCCUCGUAUUGACAUGCUUGACCCAGCAUUAUUUAAAAACAAGCAAAUAUUAGACAUUGGAUGUAACACUGGCAACAUCACUAUCGCCAUUGCCAAAAAGAGAGAACCUGCACAUAUACUUGGUGUAGACAUAGAUGAAAGCCUGAUUCAAAAGGCAGAAAAUAAUAUUAGACUUGUCUAUUCACUAAGUAACCCAAAUACAGACAGCGCAGAACUUGAAAGCCCAUUUGAUUUAACUCUAAAGUCGCAUUAUUUUCCACUCUCAAUGACGCAUAUGUUUGGUUUUAUUCCAAUGGCAGUUCCGCCUGAUUUCAAAGAGAUAGAAAACUUUCCUUAUAAUGUCUCGUUUAAGGCUGCAGAUUGGACAAAAGAACAAGCUGAAGGAGAGAAAUAUGAUACAGUGCUAGCACUAAGCGUAACCAAAUGGAUUCAGAUUCACGAAGGAGAUGAUGGAUUAAAGAUGUUUUUUAAAAAGAUAUAUGAUUGCUUGAAACCAGGAGGAACAUUAGUCCUUGAAUCUCAAGAAUUCGGCUCCUAUCAGAGAAGAGCAAAGCAUAUUGAUGGUUCUCUUAAUGUGGAGGAAGACUUUCAGUUUCGACCCGAGAGUUAUACAGACUAUUUGAUCAAUGAGGUAGGGUUUAAUAGCCAUCAUGAAUUGGGUGUUCCUAAAGAAGAGGGCAAAGGCUUUGCUCGUCCAGUUGUCUUGUAUUGUGUGCUUUAUAAAAUAAAUUAUGUACCUUUACCUCCUGCUGACCUCCCUUCCUCCUCUCAGCGGAAACGGAUCAUUGUGUUCAGAAAUGGUUCUUCUUGCUCAAGUAUGAAAGGAAAACGAGCUGCGCCUACAAAGCGUAUUACUAAGGAAAUCAAACGAAAAUGCAAACAAUCUGAUGGAGACCGAAUUUAUUUAUGCUAA